CUGGAUGCGCAAGCGAGACCUGCACAUCCUGACGUCGAGCAUUUUCACGUACACGGGCGACGCUCGGUUCAACGUGAUGCACCCCGAGGGCACGGACGAGUGGAACCUGCGCAUCGAGUACGUGCAGCCGCGCGACGCCGGCAUCUACGAGUGCCAGGUCAACACCGAGCCCAAGAUCAACAUGGCCGUGCUGCUCAACGUGGAAGAACAGCCUUCCGAUAUCCUUGACAGUUCACUCGGCUCUCGGAUAACGCCCAGCAACUCCAAUAAACAAGCGGCGCAGGCCAACAUCUGGGGCCCGGAGGACGUGUUCGUGAAGAAGGGCAGCACCAUCAGCCUGACGUGCUCCAUCAACGUGCACUCGACGCCGCCGGGGUCGGUGCUGUGGUUCCACGGCGCCGCCGUCGUCGACUUCGACUCGCCGCGCGGCGGCAUCUCCCUCGAGACGGAGAAGACGGAGGCGGGCACCACGAGCAAGCUGCUCGUGACCAAGGCGCAGCUCGCCGACUCGGGCAACUACACGUGCGUGCCGUCCAACGCCAACCCGGCCAGCGUCUGGGUGCACGUCCUCAACGGAGAGCACCCAGCAGCAAUGCAGCACGGCGAGCUCGGAGGGGCAGCGACGAGGAGCGCGUCGUUGCUUCUUGCGGCAUCGUUGACGGUUCUUCAUGCGUUGGCCGCCGGCAGGUGAUGCGGCCGCCGUUAACUGGGCAGUAGCGUCCUCGUACUGCGCAUGCGCUGACAGUAGCUGGUGACGCGUUCACACACUGCGCACGCGCUAGCUGCCGACUGGUGACGUUCUCACCGGCGGCGCAUGCGCCGGUCGCCAGCUGGUGACACUUUAUUACCGCCGCACAUAUUCUGCGUGCCGACAGGUGAUGCGUCAACCGACUGCGCAUGCGUCCUGGGAGCGGAGCGUAGCAUCGCCUCUGGGAUAUUCCACUUCUGUGACGCUACACGUAUUUUACAUUCCUUUUUGGGGUUCACACCUCGUGCGAUGAGUAGAGCUUCACCCCUUUACAUUUCCAGGGUGAGGAUACACCAAAACACUGUACACAUAGUGUGCUGGUCCAUCACGAUUGGACUGUUCAACACAAAAUCAGAAACUUAAACAAAAAUAUAAUCACCAGACAUUAUUUUAAAAUUGUUUCACUUGGAAGUGUUGACUGCCAUAUAUGGCGACACCAUUACCGCAGGGAACUCCUAUGGAUUUAGAGAGACUGCUGUGGAGGGGUGACCUCUUCACUUCUCACAUAAACGUUAUGGGAAAACGUGCACCUCAAGUUGUGUCCCUAUAAUGUGGAGUGAUGAGUGUUGUUAUUUCAGUUACGAUCUAGAAUUUCAUACUUGGCAGUCAGACAUCAAAAGAGAAUCAUUAAGGCGUUGUGGUAUAUUGUUCUUGCGACUGUACGCUUGAGAAUCUGUGAUGUCGGUACCUGCGUAACGUCGUAAAGGAAGAAGACAAACCUAAAGUGCUCUCAGAGAUUUAGCAUGUUAUGUCAAGAAGCGCCAGGGCGCCCCAGUAAUUCAUAAUUCGCAUGUUGCAUCUACAAUAGUGAUUAGUUUUCUUUGGAAGUUAUUCCUUAGCUGUAAUGUCUAAGAGAGAGUAUGAUUUUGCAGAGUCUUGUUUUGUUACAAUGGGAAAAAUAGGUGAAGGCGUAUAGCAAACAACCUAGUCUGGGUCUGUUGACAGAGAGACUGAUUUGUACAACGUAAUGGCGUAAAAAUAAACGUAUUUCUCCUUGGUUUGAUGUUCAGAUAACCUUUGGUUGUACACAAGAUGUAAUUAAACUCACUGUAUUCUCUGUAAAU